AUGAUCCUGCUCAUUUUGUGUGCAUGCCUGGCGGCAGCGCUGCAUCAAUCUGCUGCACAGGUAGGACCUUGGUUUAUUUGUAGAAUGUGGGGUGUUCAUAAAAGGCAAACUGGUUCCUGAUGCUUUUGCUAAGGCCACCUAUACUAAUCAAAUCCAAGGAGAUCUUGCCAGGGAGUGGGAAAGCACUUUCACACCCACCCUUCAAGGUUCAUUGAGGUCUGUGCUGGCCAAGCUUGACAUGAGCAUGUCUGUGCAAAAUAGCCCAAAGCUGCCAGGCAGGUGCCCAACUUGCUCCCUUUUCCUCCCUCCAUAUUUUUUGUUACCUAGAGAGCAAAAUCCUGCCCCAACCAGGCUCAAGGUGCUUUCCUGCUGGUGACUGCAGAUAGAACCCAUCUGCCUUUGCUAGGCCAGCAGACAAGAAGCUAGAUGAGCUUUUUUCAGAGAAGACUUUUAGAGAACUGAUUUCACAGCUCAUACCCCUCUGGUGAGUCACAUCCAGAGGACAGAGCACUAACAAAUGGCCAAAGGAAUUUGAAAUUAAUUAUUCUCAUUUAUUACAUCCAGAUUAUAGGUUUGUAAUUUUCUGUUUUUAACUCUUCAGUUUUUGUAGGUUUUUUUUAAAUUAUUUCUGCUGUAUUUUUGUUGUUCCCUGCUGCUGUUUUAGUAUUAACUUAUAAAUGACUUUCUAUUAUUCUCCAAAGAAAUACACAAAAUGUUCAAAAAGGAGGCAAAGGGAUUACAAGAGAGUUCACAGGGAAUAAUAUUAUUACAGUAAUACACGAUAAAUAAGCUACUUUACAAAUUAAACCUACUAUGAACACUUUAGAUUUAUUAUAUUUUUUUAUAAGAUAUUUAUUAAAGUUUAAACAUUACAAAGAAAAAAAAAGAAAAGAGAAACAAAAGAAAAAUACAAGCAAUAAACAAUUACAAAACGUCAGAAACAAAAAUAAAUACAGUAAUACAAAACAUCAACAAUACAAAAAAAGGCAAAAAAGAAAAAACAAAAGCAUUUAAAAAACCCAAAAAAGAACAAACAAAAAUAAAAAGGACCCCGUAUUUUCAUAUCCUUAUCUUUCAUUUGCUUAUUUCCUCGACUUCCUCACACCUCCUUUUCUGUAUUCUAGUUCAAUUAAUUAUUCCAGCAAGUUCUUUCCCUCUUCCUCAAAUUUAGUUCCAUAAUUUAUCUUAACACAAUUUAGCCUUAAAUUUACCCCUUUACCCAAUGUUGAUCUAUUCAUACUUAAUUCUUUAUAGUAUUUCUACUAAAGUCAUGUAGCUUCUUUCCAGCAUCCUUCUAACAUUCAUUAAUUUUAGAAUAUUUCUGUAAAUAUACUUUAAAUUUUUUCCAAUCUUCUUCCACCGACUCUUCUCCCUGGUCUCGGAUUCUGCCAGUCAUUUCCGCCAAUUCCAUGUAAUCCAUCAGCUUCAUCUGCCAUUCUUCCCUGGUAGGUAGAUCUUGUGUCUUCCAGUGCUUAGCAAUGAGUAUUCUUGCUGCUGUUGUGGCGUACAUGAAAAAAACUCUGUCCUUCUUUGGCACCAAUUGGCCCACCAUGCCCAGGAGAAAGGCCUCUGGUUUCUUUAUAAAGGUAUAUUUAAAUACCUUUUUCAUUUCAUUAUAGAUCAUCUCCCAGAAUGCCUUAAUCUUUGGGCAUGUCCACCAAAGGUGAAAGAAUGUACCUUCAAUUUCAUUACAUUUCCAACAUUUAUUAUCGGGCAAAUGAUAAAUUUUUGCAAGCUUGACUGGUGUUAUGUACCACCUGUAAAUCAUUUUCAUUAAAUUCUCUUUUAAGGCAUUGCAUGCCGUAAACUUCAUACCAGUGGUCCAUAACUGUUCCCAGUCAGCCAUCAUAAUAUUAUGUCCAACAUCCUGUGCCCAUUUAAUCAUAGCAGAUUUCACCAUUUCAUCCUGAGUAUUCCAUUUCAACAGCAAGUUAUACAUUCUUGACAAAUUCUUAACUUUAGGGUCUAACAAUUCUGUUUCCAGCUUUGAUUUUUCCACCUGAAAACCUAGUUUUUUAUCCUGAUUAUAUGCCUCCAUUAUUUGGUAAUAAUGGAGCCAAUCUCGCACUCUGUUUUUUAAUUUUUCAAAGCUCUGUAAUUUUAAUCUGUCACCCUCUUGUUCCAAAAUUUCCCAAUACUUCGGCCAUUUGGAGUCCAUAUUGAGUUUUUCUGGGCCUUUGCCUCCAUAGGUGACAGCCAUCUUGGGGUUUUAUUUUCUAACAAAUCCUUAUAUCUUAUCCAGACAUUAAACAGUGCUUUUCUUACAAUAUGGUUUUUGAACGCUUUGUGUGCUUUGACCUUAUCAUACCACAAAUAUGCAUGCCAACCAAAUACAUUAUUGAAACCUUCCAAAUCCAAAACAUCCGUGUUUUCAAGAAGCAUCCAUUCUCUCAGCCAGCAAAAAGCGGCUGAUUCAUAGUAAAGUUUUAAGUCUGGCAGGGCAAAUCCACCUCUUUCUUUAGCAUCAGUUAAAAUCUUAAAUUUUAUACGAGGCUUCUUGCCCUGCCAGACAAAUCUAGAAAUAUCUCUCUGCCACUUCUUGAAACAGUCCAUUUUGUCCAAAAUUUGCAGUGAUUGAAACAGAAAUAACAUUCUUGGCAAUACAUUCAUUUUUAUCACAGCAAUUCGGCCUAGCAACGAUAGCUUCAAAUUUGACCAUAUUUCUAAAUCUUUUUUCACUUCAGUCCAACAUUUUUCAUAGUUAUCCUUAAAUAGAUUCACAUUCUUAGCAGUCAUAUUGACCCCUAAAUAUUUUACUUUCUUAACCAGUGUCAGACCUGUCUCCCUCUGAAACUUCUCUCUCUCAAUCACAUUCAGGUUUUUCUCCAGAACCUUAGUUUUCAUCUUAUUCAGCUUAAAACCUGCUACCUGGCCAAAUUCUUGAAUCAAUUCUAAUACUCUUUUUGUACUUGAUUCUGGCUCCUGUAAAGUCAAUACUAAGUCAUCUGCAAAUGCUUUCAGUUUGUACUGUUUAGCUCCCACUUGUAUACCUUUAACCAAUUGGUCCCUUCUAAUCAUAUUUAACAGAACCUCCAGGACCGAAAUAAAAAGCAAUGGAGAGAUUGGGCAGCCCUGUCGUGUUCCUUUCUCAAUCUUGAAUUCUUCCGUCACUACGUUAUUCACAAUUAAUUUAGCCUUUUGUUCUGAGUAAAUUGCACCUAUGCCAUUUCCAAAACUUUUACCAACCCCCAUCCCCGAUAAAUUCUUCUUCAUAAAACUCCAAGAAAUAUUGUCAAAGGCUUUCUCCGCGUCCACAAAAAUCAGAACUGCUUUAGUGUUAAUCUUCACUUGUAGCUUUUCUAGAAUAUUAAUUAUAUUCCUCGUAUUAUCAGACAAAUGCCUGCCCGGGAAAAAGCCCGCUUGGUCUUUAUGAAUUUCUUCUGCUUGCACCUUUUAAAAUCUUUUAGCCAAAAUGUCUGCAAAAAUUUUAUAAUCCACAUUAAGCAGUGAUAUGGGACGGUAGUUUUUAAGUUGCGUCUUUUCAGACUCUAAUUUUGGUAUAAGUGUAAUGUAUGCUUCUUUCCACGACUCAGGUGCCCUUUUCCCUUCCAAUAUUUCAUUACAGACUUCCUUUAAUGGUUGUAUUAACCAUUCUUUCAAAGAUCUGUAGUAUCUAGAAGUCAGUCCAUCCGGUCCUGGAGAUUUACCUAAUUGCAUAUUCUGAAUGGCCCCUUCUACUUCCUGAUCCGUUAUUUUAUAAUCAAGCAUUAAUUUAUUUUCUUGGGAAAUUUUUUGUAGUCCAUUUAUUUCCAGAAAUUUAUCAAUGUCCAUUUCAUUCUGCUUUUCUUGUGUAUAUAAUUGUUUGAAAUACCUCUGGAAGCACCUUCUAAUUUCAGCUGGAUUCUGUAUAUUCUUUCCUUCCACUUCCAGAUUCGUGAUAGUAUUUAAUUUUUGUCUUUUUUUCAAUUGCCAAGCCAGCAGUUUCCCACACUUAUUUGCCGAUUCAAAUGUCUUUCGUCUCAUCUGUUUAAUCUUCCAUUCUAUUUCCUGAUUCAUCAUUUUCAUAUAUUGUACUUGGUAAAGCUUUAUUUCUUUUAAAAUUUCCUGGGACUUUGGUUUCGCCCUCAGUUUCUUCUCUCCUUCCUUUAUUUUUUCCAAAAUUUUAUCUUUUUUCUCAUUUUGCAUUCUCUUCUUAAUUGCAUUCUGUUGUAUCAAAAAACCUCUCAUUACGGCUUUACUUGCGUCCCAGAUUACUCUUUUUUCCACUGUAGUGUUCAUAUUUAUCUCAAAAUAAUCUUUCAAAGUUUUUUGGGCCUUUUUAAUAAAUUCAUCAUUCCUAAACAAAGAGUCAUUCAUCCUCCAUCUGAAGGAACCAGUUGGCAUUAAUUUCAUUUCCAUCUUCACAGCAUUAUGAUCAGAGCUGGUCUUUGGGCAAAUUUCAACCUUGCUGAUCUUUGGAGCCAGUCCUCUAGUUACCCAGAUUUGGUCAAUUCUUGUCCAUGUCAUUUUUGCCUCCGAGAAGAAAGUUCCCUCUCUUCCCAGAGGAUUCUUCAUUCUCCAAAUGUCAAUUAAGUCUAAAUUUUCAGUCAUAUCAAAAAUGGUUUUGGUAGUCUUCCAUCCUUGGUGAUUGUUUGUCUUUGCGCCUUAUCCAUAUUCGUAGAUACAACACCAUUCAUGUCUCCCAUUAAAAUCAUAUUGUAAUCCAAAUAGUCCAUCAAAAUUUCAUGUAGCUUUUUGAAGAAUUCCGAUUUCCCUUCAUUUGGUGCAUAGAUACCUAUCACCAAAAAUUUAUCUCCUUGAAAUUGGAUUUCAAUUGCUACAAGUCUUCCUUGUUCAUCUUUAAAGAUAAAUUUAGGUGAUAGGUUCUCCUUUGCGUAGAGAACCACUCCUCUUUUUUUAACUUUAUCCGAUGAAAUAAAUUCUUGACCUAAUUUUUUGUUGCUUAAUAAUUUCCUGUGUAACCUUGUCAUAUGCGUUUCUUGUAAACAAAUCAAGUCCAGUUGCUCUUUUUUCAAUAAAUGAAACACUCGUCGCCUUUUCUCUGAAAUGUUAAGGCCAUGCACAUUCCAGCUCAGGGCCUGCAGCGCCAUCCUGAGACUACUUUGGUACUCCUCCAACUGCCCCCAGAUCUUGCUUCUCUUCUGUUGGUGGUAGCGUUGGCUCCUUAUCAGGGGGGUCCAAUCCAAAAGACAGUGAUGAGAUGUCCAAGGUAUCCAAAGUAUCUUUUUUUGCACUUUAGAUUUAUUAUAACACUGCUAUUGUCUUACAAAAACCAAAUAAAAGCAUGAAAUUGAUUCCUGUCCUUGAUAUCCUUAACAUUUGAUAUCCUUAACAUUUAUUUGAUUAAUUUAACUGAUAAAUUUUAAUCACAGGGUCACAAUUGCUUUGCAUAUAUUUAUGCACUUUGAUUUUCUCCCCAUCGUUGUUGUCAAUUUUAUUAUUCCUAACGGUUCCCAUAAUUUUCUGAUCAAUUCUAUUUUAGCUGGUUUUCUACUGUCUUUCUUUUUAGCAAAUAAUAUCCAUUCAAAGGAUAUAUACAAGACUUGUGUCUAGUGCUUUUUAGAUACCCAAUACUUUACAAAGUUCAGUAGAUGCAUGAAUGGGUUAAUAAUUACGGUAAGCCCACAACUUAAGCAGGGGUUACAUUCCAGGGCUCAUGCCUAAAGCCAAAAUCAUGUAGAGUCAAAGCACAUUGGGUUCAAAGGUGGGUGGGAUUGCCAAAGUCAUUUUUUCCUGGAACCCUGCCCCCUUUCCACCUCUAUCUAUCUAUCUAUCUGUCUAUCUAUCUGUCUAUCUAUUGCCACAAGUUUAAAUCUGUAUGCACACAAGUUGCAAUAUUACUGUAUUGCAGAUAUUAAUAUUGUGCAGCAUGAAGCAAUUGGAUGCAUAUAAACUGAGUCCUUUUGGAACAAAAAUUGUCCAGACUCAUAAGUAUUAUUCAAAGUUUUACUAACCAGAACUUCUUCAAAAACAGGUACAAAAACAUCCAUGUUUUUCCAUCCAGAAAGUUUUAUAAAACAUAUGCAUAUUCAAGCAUAGGUUCUUCUUCUUAAAUAUAUAACUUAAUUACAAUCAGAGCUGAAAUCAAGACUCUGUUUUUCCCAUGGCCUGCACUAACCUGCAUCGAGCCGAAGGCUAUGCAGCUUCUUGAGACGCCUCAUCAUCACGUCCUUCCCUGACUGUGUCUGGGAGCAAAUGGCCAAGCCAGCUCCCUUUCAAAAUGGUGACUUUGCAAUGGAAUGCCUUAAUCACAUGAUCAAGGAGAGUUAAACACUCACAUGAACGCUGGCAGAGAACAACAACUCAGCUAGAGCUCAGAGAGAGCUUCCUUCUAGCUUAGUAGAAUUUUCCAACGUUAAACCCUUUGUGACAUACAUACAAACAUCCUCCACUCCAAUGUGCAAUUAAACAAUUAUAUUAACAUACUGUACUCCAGUUUGGAUGACUUCGUUGAUAAGCACAAUUACCAUACACCAAGCACUUUCUGCCUCAGGACAGCAACCCCUCAUGUGAUAAUAGUCAUUUUUCUUUUCUUUGAAGAAGCAACAAUGCCCCCCUCCCAUUUACCCAAUAUUUUACUUCUCCACAAAGUUUCUUUCUUAAAUAAAAAGUCCCAUACUUCAUCUGUGGUUACAGUCUGCAUGUUUUUCUUCUCUUUUUCUCUAUAAUGGAGUUUUCCUUGAUAAUUCUCUUGUAACAUUAUUCUUGUUCUUCUCUACUGUAAAAAUUAAAUGCUAUUUUUAACUGUUAAUUUAUAAGUUUGUAUUUAAUAAAUUUGGGUCAUUGGUUCAAAUAUAUGUCUCCAAAUGUAAACCAUUCUGGGCUGAGUUUAUUUUCAUGUGACCUAUCAACUAAAAAAGAUUUAUUUGCUGGGAACUCUUAUCUGCAUCCCUGUCUUAGCUUGUCAAUAAGGACGCAGUCUCAAUUUCUUUUCUUUCUGUUUCACUUUAUGUAUAUAGUGUACAUGAUUCACAUUUUAAAAGUUGCUCCAUAAAUAUGAACACACACACACCCCAUAAAAAAAACCCCAUAAUGGCUCAUUAUUGGACCAGGGCAUUAUGCCUUGAGUACUUCUUCCUCCCUUCUCUUGCAAGCCUUGGUGUAAGAUUUCUGGGGUUUACUAAACCAUUGUUUCCCAUUAUGCCUCAACCAGAAAAGUGUGGCUUAAGUUGUAAGUGUGGUUAGGCUAUGGUUUGCAAACCAGCAUUUGGUUGAUGCUUAAUUCACAGUUUCCUAGUUCUGAUGUAAUGGGAAACUGUGGUUUAGCAAAGCCAGAAAACUUGCAAAGGGGAGUGAGAGAAAGGUAGAGGAGGCAGAGCAGGAGGGAACACACAGACACAGGCCAUGGUUUAUCAGUCUGAGAUGGUUGCAUCUGAACACUUGGCCACUGUCUCUUUGGUUGCAGGCCUCUGACCAUUUCGCUAGUUUGAGCACCAUCAAUGAAGACCAGAAAAAGGAGAUUGUGGACAUACACAAUAAGCUACGGAGAGAAGUCCAACCACCUGCUAGCAACAUGGUGAAGAUGGUAAGACACAUUUUGAAAACCCAACAGAAAUGUAUUCAGGAACAAUACUGGCAUUUUUAAAAUUAAUUGCUGGGGGGGACCAUUUGUUAAGGUAGGAAAAUUAUGAAACCAGAGCAAAAUAUAGUGGACAAGAUAUUGCAACAUGGUUUUGUUUUUACCUGUUGCAUUUUAUCUAGUUAAGUCACUCUGAAAUUUUGUUUUUGGUAAAAAGUGGGUAAAAAAUGUAAUUAUUAUUAACAGAGCUACAACUAUCUCCAUUAACCGAUGAUGAGUACAUAAACUACUACACAAGUAAAUCCAAUGUGAUGUAAGGAUUGGAGUGGCGAACUAGGUCUCAGGAGAUGCAGGCUGAAGUACCACUAAACCAUGAAGCCACAGAUCAGCCUCCUGGCUCUCAGCCUAGUUAACCUUACAGUGUUGUGUGGCUGAAAUAGGAAGAAGAAACACAUACGCUGGCUGCCUUGAGCUCCUUGGAGGAAAGUCAAGAUACACAAACAUAAUAAAUGGAUGAAUUUGGCAACAUUAGCCAUUUCUGGCAAUGAGUUUCCUAUUAAGUGACCUAUUUGCAAUUGCUGUUUACCCAAAUUCCACUCUUAAAUGCUUGGUUACAGAAAAAAAAUGUCAAAAACAUUGCUAAAUAAAUCAUCCUUCCUUUCUUUCUUUCUUUCUUUCUUUCUUUCUUUCUUUCUUUCUUUGCAAAAAUAGACUAAGAUCCAAAUGCAGUAACAAAAAUGCACUUGAUUCGACUAGAUAAGUAAGAGAAGCAUAGAAAGAAAUCCUGGGAACAUAAUGUGCUUCUAAAUACCUAUAAUUUUAAAAAGGCUUGAUUUCCACCAUUGGCCAUGAUUUAUUGAACCAGGCUUGUGCCAAUAGCUGAGAAAUUGUCUUUCAGUGUUUAGCUAGAACAUCAACAUCACCAUAGUUACAAAAUCCACUGGUAAUUGAUGCAUUUCUGGGCAUUACUGUUCUAUAAACUUGUAACUCACUAAUGUAUUUUUAUCUGUACAUAGGAGUGGAGCGAUGAUAUACGAAAGAUUGCACAAUGGUGGGCAAACCAAUGCACAUUAGAACACAGUGCGGCGUCUGAUCGAACACUAAGUAAGUAAAGAACCCAUUUUCCAGCAAAUAUGAGUUCAAACAGAUUAUUUAAAGUGGAAUUUUGUUAGAAGACAUUAAAUCUAUUUCAUGAAGAAGAGAAUAACAAAUAUUUAAUGCAAUAUUUUUCUUUGAAAAAAAUUAAUUUGAACUUUUAUUUUAAUUCAGUCCAAUAUCAAAAGAAACGCAUGAGUGGCACAUUUAAAAUAUGCCAAUUGGCCUUUGCAGCUGAAUAUCUUCAUACCACACUUGAGGCAAUAUAUGCAGGUCUUGGAAUUUGCUCCCAACGUUUGGGGGUUGGGAAUGCCUUUUCAGAACUGGAGUCACAGAAGCUGCCCUGUACAUACAAACCUAUCCAUAUUUCUCUUUUGAACCAAGCCAAAGACUGUGCUCCUUGAAAUGUCUUGCAUAUACUCCAGUAAGUCUUCCAGCAGCCGUAAUCUCUGCCAUCUAUAGCAAAUGGUAUCCAGGUAACAACCUGGGUGCUGUAAGUUAUACAUUUACAGUGGUGCCUCGCAAGACGAAAUUAAUUCGUUCUGCGAGUUUUUUCGUCUUGCGAAUUUUUCGUCUUGUGAAGCACGGUUUCCCAUAGGAAUGCAUUGAAAAUCAAUUAAUGCGUUCCUAUGGUCAAAAAAAGUCCAAACAAAGCAAAAUUUGGUACAAAAAGAGUUUAUUAACUGCUCUUUAAAGUCACACAUACUGUAAAGAGCAUUUCAAAAAUUGAAGGAACAAUAAUUUAAGUUUCUAAACAUGACAGAAAAGCAUUUAAAAAUCACCAAAGUGUACUGUACAUACAUUUUCUAAGACUCUGGGGGACAACUCGAAGAAGGUUCCUCUUCCACUCUUUGCUUCUUGCUGAAGAACCUGUCCAUGGUCUGCUGCUUCAUCCGCCUUUUCAGCACCUCCCUGAAAGACGACAUGACCCUCGUAUCAAAAGUGUUCGCAAGGUCACGUGUCAGGUCCUUGUCAGGGUGGUGCCGCUGUGCAAAAGCCUGCACAUCUUUCCACUUCUGGCAAAUGUCCCUCAGUUCUUUGGAGGACAGCCAUUCCUCGGUUGCUUCCUCCUCUUCCAGCGAGGCCUGCUCCUGCGCAGUUCGACCAGCUCCUGGGUGGUCAGCUCAUGGUCGUGCUCCUCCACCAGCUCGCUGACGUCCUCCUCUGUGACCUCCAGGCCCAUGGUCCUCCCCAAGGAACCAUUCUGCUUCUUCAUUUCCAGCGUAACCUUCUCCUUCUUCCUCUCGCCGGCCUCUGCAGCAGCAGUCUUCUUGGGCCCCAUGGCAGCACAGCUCCUACCUUCGCAAACCCCCCCCCAAAUAAAAUCAGUGCUUCACAUCCAAAAAAUUCAAAAGCACCAAACCUCCCAGAAAACACACAAGCUUCCAGAUUCUUGCAAACCCCUUCUCAACAAUUCCCUGACCCCCCAACCACCCACCACACAGAAAUCCAAACCCAGAAAUCUUUUUUUUUAACAACAGCAGAGUGCCCCAAUGGUCACAAAAAAUCAUAAAAAUGCAAAAAAAACCCAAAACACAAGCUUCCAGAUUCUUGCAAACCCCUCCCCAACACCAAGUCCUUGAAUUCCAAACACCCCAACCCAAAAUCCAACCCCCCCAAAAAAAAGUUUUAAAAGUUUAACUUACCAAAUGGCUGCAAAAGAAGUUUUGGAAAAGCUUCAAAAAUCGCCAAAGUCUUCUAAAACCUCAAAAAAGGCUACCACACAGCGUGCUAUGAGUUGCUCCUCGAAGUCAAUUCGCAACUGCACCUCUUCAAGCAAUGCACCCUGGGUAUUAACGGUUUUACGAAAAAGGAAACAAACUUGCAAGACGUUUUCGUCUUGUGAAGCAAGCCCAUAGGGAAAUUCGUCUUGCGAAGCAACUCAAAAAACGAAAAACUCUUUCGUCUUGCGAGUUUUUCGUCUUGCGAGGCAUUCGUCUUGUGAGGUACCACUGUAUACAUAUGAAUGCCCAAGUGAGGAACUACAGUGAAAUCUUGCAGUGUUGCCAUAACUUGAAAGGGAGUCUGACAGAACAGGGGUGGGGGGAAUCUCCAAGGGGGAAAGGGGGGAAAGAACACUUUUCUCCUUCCCACCAUCCUGAAAGCUGACCCCACUAUCAUGUAAAAGUGCUGAAGUGCUAAAGUUUGAGAUUGGUGUCAGCCCUGAAGUUGAGCCUUUUGUUGGUCUAUAGCAGGCAGAAACUUUCCAAAGAGUAUGAAAAGGAACAUUUCCCCCUUCCCUUUCCUCUUCUGUCCUCUUCUUUCUCCUGAAACCUUGAGUCAGGAGCUCAAGAAGGUACCUUUCCUCCUCCUCCCCUUGUCUCUCCCUCUCUGGGCUCGUCCCCAUUUCUGCCUGUCCUGUGCCCACAAAGCAGGCCCCCAAGAGGUUUCUGCUUCCCAAACACAGGUCUGAGUAGUUUUUCAUUUGUCCCACCACUUUCCCUGAGAAAACCCACCACUCUGCAGAAAAACCAAUUGUUGUUUGUUCUGAUUCAGUGGUAAACAGCAGGUUUUCCCAGGGGGAGGCAGCAAGACAAGGAGAAGUGUGGAUGAGCCCUUAUUCUCUCUCCCUCUCAGUCUCUCUGCCAACACCCUCAAUAUUCCAUGGCCCCAUGCUUCCAAACUUCUGUGGGUUCUGCAAGACAGUGAUCGCCGGUCCUUGUCAGGCUAUUUUGGUUUGUGCCUAUUUAGAUUUAUUUCCUUUCAAUUUUUACAAGUGAGCAUACUUCUGUGUACCCUGUAUGCAGAAACCUCUGCCAUUUAGAGGUGGAUGCAUUUCACUGCAAAGCUGAUAGGCUGAGAAGACCACCAGCACGCCACGUAAACAGCAUUGGUGACCACAUGCUUGAGAUGGCAGAGGGUUUUGCCUACUUGGGUUCCACCAUAACCAGUAAUCUCUCCAGUGACACUAAGCUGGGCAACCAUAUUGACAAGGCAGUUAUGGCAAAGGCUCGCCUCUCCAAAAGGGUAUAGGAGAAUGGGAUGCUAAGGAUCAACACCAAGAAGAAAGUCUACCAGGCUUGCAUGUUCAGUACACUGCUGCAUGGAAGUGAGUUGUGGGCAACUAACACCCGCCAAGAGCAACACCUCAGGGCCUUCCAUAUGUGCUGUGUCAGAAAGAUUAGGGGUUGCAAAACCAUGUAAUGUCAGGGGAGAGACUUCCUGGCCCUUUCAUUCACAUAUAAGAGCAGUUUGAUAGUGGAAUGGACCUCCACCUCGGAAGGUGGAGGGCUCUCCAUCACUGGAGGUGUUUAAGCAGAGGUUGGUUGGCCAUCUGUCAUGGAUGUUUUGGAUGAGAUUCCUGCAUUGCAGGGGGCUGAACACAGUGAUCAUUGGGGUCCCUUCCAACUCUACAGUUCUAUGAGUCUGUGAUUCUAUUACAGUGGUGCCUCGCAAGACGAAAUUAAUCCGUUCCGCGAGUCUCUUCGUCUUGUGGUUUUUUCGUCUUGCGAAGCACGGCUAUUAGCGGCUUAGCGGCUAUUAACGGCUUAGCAGCUUUAAGAAAAGGAAACAAACUCGCAAGAACUCGCAAGACGUUUCGUCUUGCGAAGCAAGCCCAUAGGGAAAUUCAUCUUGCGGAACGACUCAAAAAACGCAAAACCCUUUCGUCUAGCGAGUUUUUCGUCUUGCGAGGCAUUCGUCUUGCGGGGCACCACUGUACUAUGUUUUAUGUUUACUGUCAGAGGCAGCAGGUCUCAGUAUAAAGAUAAAGGAGAGGUUUCAACAAAGGAAGAAUGUUAAAUUUUGUAGUUUUUUGUGGAAAACCAAUAAAUAAGUUGUGUUAAAAAAAGAAUUAGGGGUAAGGUCAUUACAGAUUUAUAGAAAAGAAACUAAGUCCUAGACCAGGGUUGGCAAAAAAAUUUAGCCGCGGGCCAGUCCACUGUCCUUCAGACUUUGUGGCGGGCAGAGAAGCUGCAAUGGGGGGGAGCUGGAAUUAGAGGUGAUGGGGCAAAUAGUCCUCCUCCCCACCCCCCAACCCCAGCCGCUGCGCUUACCUACCCAGGGGCCACUGCUGCUGCUUCUCGUGGGUAGGCAGAGGGAGCUUGUCCGCUCCGCAGGAACACCAGGGCAGCGGGGGCAGGAAGAUGAGCGGCGCGAAAGGGCUGGCUCCAGAGAGGGCCUGCUUAAAAUGGUGCUCAGCCAGCUCAGCCCAGCCCCCUUCCUCCUCUAGGCAGGGCAGGAGAAGCCAGGAGGAGGGAGGAAGGAGGCGCCGCCGCAGGGGGGGGAUGGAAUGGCGCAGGGGGAAAAUGGCACAGCCUUAACAAAAGAAUCCCCAUGCUGAUCCACAGAUAGUCUGCGGGCUGGAUCCUGAAGGCAAUCGGGCCUGAUCCGGCCCGUGGCCCUUAGUUUGCAGACCCCUGUCCUAGACAGUAUAAAUGCUACUUUUCCUGAAGCACAUGCAGAAGUAGGCAAGCCUUCAAGUUCUUGUAAAUAAUUGUUUUUCCACUUGCAGAUGGCACAUCCUGUGGUGAAAAUCUCUUCAUGUCAACUUCCCUCAAGAGUUGGACUGAAGCCAUUCUGAGUUGGUAUAAUGAAAGAGAUGACUUUCUGUAUGCUUCUGGAGCAAAGACGGAAGGAGCCGUGAUUGGCCAUUACACUCAGGUACUAUGACACUGGUCAGAGGUUAAAAGUUUGAACUAUUUAUUUACAAAUUUAACUAGCUGUUUCAAAAGUGUUUGGAAGGGGCAGACUAGCAAGCAGAGAUAUCAGUUAUUAUAGCAGAACAAAUAUAGCAAAAUAUGUCAGUUCUCAAAGCCCAAGAAAUGUAACUGAGGAUACUGUCAAAAAAUUUCAAAAUCAGUUAAGCCUAAGCUUGAAAUUCAAUGACAAUAUCCAAAAUGCAUUAGCCUUGCUGAAUGUUGCGCCAUGGUAAAAGAAACGUUCACUACCUGGCUAACAUCUUCAUACUUUUUGAGGUUUCCAAUUAUUUUUUUAAAAUAAACUAUUUUGCUAUCUUAAAUUUCUCAAAGCAGUUCACAAGAGUAUUUGAAACAAAUCACAUGGACCCAAAUGCCUUUGCAAGGUAGACAGAGAGGUUUUUACUCCUGAACAGCUCUUUAUGGGAAGCAAGUUUGAAUACAUUGCACAAACUGCCGAUUCUAUAGGAGAGGUUUGCAUCAGUGCAUGUCUCUUAGACUGAUUUGUGAUGAAUCAUCUUUAUUAUUUACUAGGGAUGUAGGAGGGGAAUUCUAUUCAGUUUGCAUUUAAAGGCAAACCUAUUGCACUGUACAUGUUAGGGGAAGGUGGGAUCUGUGCAAUAGAAUUGCAGCACGGAGAUAGGAUGUGAAGGGCCCAUUUCAAUACUCCUUAAGGUUGUCAUGGUGUGCACUCAGAUUUACAGUGUGAUCACAUUCAUGUUCAUUUGUGUAUCUGCAGGUGGUUUGGUAUAUUUCACAUCUAAUCGGAUGUGCUAUUGCCUUCUGCCCAGACCAAGAAUACCAGUACUACUAUGUUUGCCAGUACAGUCCUGCGUAUGUAUUAACAGAAGAACUUGCUGCCUCUUGCAAUGCUGUUUUUAUCUUUAAGUUUAGGGUUAGCAGCUAACCUGUAUUCUGUACCAUUGACCAAUAACAUUGUACUUUUUUGAGAAAUCCUCACAGGGGACUGGAAAACCAGAUUCAGCCAGACUCCACCCUGCUGCUUCCAGUUUCCUUCAAGCUCUAUACCAGGGGUCAGCAAAAAAAAUUAGUGGCGGGCCCGUCCACUGUCCCUCAGACCUUGUGGUGGGCAAGAGAAGCAGAACAGUGGGGAAGCUGGAAGAAGAGGCGAGGGGGGCAAGUAGUCCUCCUCCCCACCCCACCCCAGCCACAGCCGCUGCGCUUACCUUCCCUGGGGCUGCCACCACCACCACCGCUGCUGCUUCUUCUCGUGGGUAGGAAGAUGAGCACAUCCGCUCCACUCUCUGGCCCACAGGAGCAACAGGGCCAGGGCGGCGGAGGGAAGAUGAGCGGCGCAAAAGGGCUGGCUCCAGAGAGGGGCUGCUGAAAAUGGUGCUCAGCCAGCUCAGCCCAGCCCCCUUCCUCCUCUAGGCAGGGCAGGGAGAAGCCAGGAGGAGGGAGGGAGGGAGGAGGCGCCACCGCGGUGUGUGUGGGAGGGAGAAGUGGGCAAUGGAAUGCCGCAGCCCAAACGAACAUAAUCCCCACGCUGAUCCACAAACAGUCCGCGGGCCAGAUCCUGAAGGCCAUGGGGCCUGAUCUGGCCCGUGGGCCUUCGUUUGCCGACCCCUGUUCUAUACCUAUUGCCCGCCAGAGUCUGCUUCAUGCCAUUUAUAUGUUCUGUCAGUACUGAGAGGUACAGUAAGGAUCCUUUUCUGGUGCAUAUGGGAAUGAGUUUCCCUUCUCUGCCUUCUCUCUUGGCAGCAGCCACCUGGGAUUUUCUUCUGCAUAAUGUGGUCCCCUGUGCCUGGAGGUGCAUGUGAAUGACACAACUCCAUGAGGGCAGCCAACUGCAGGGGUCAAUCCUACACAGUUGGCAGAUUUCAAUCUUGACCUCCAAAGCGCAAACGAAACAUAUUAUAUGCUCAAAGUACUACUGCUGUGUAGUUCCUUUCAGUAAUUGCUUUCCUUUCUUUUCAAUGCAGCCUGCAGCAUCUUGCUCCUAUGUGGUGGUUUCCUCUACUACAGGAGGAUAGGAAAAUUGUUAAGCAAAACAAAUCUAUUUAGUUGGGUGCAGCACAUAACCUGCCACUAGUUUUGUUUACCUAUUCAUAUUGGUGCUUCCCUACUUGCGGCCUUCCUCAUAUGUCACUAGGGACUCAGCUACCUUAGUAAAGAAACAAGGAACUGAAUGUGUUUUAAACAUGCAACACCAGAUGGCGCCAGAGAGCAGUAAUUGUUUAAAACUACAUUUCUCAUAGGAAUUUUUUCUUUUGUUAAAAUGAUCUGAUUUCUGACUAAUUUAUAGCGUUUCCCCCCUGUGUUUAAAUCUACCCUAUGUCUCAUAUUCAUUGCUGAAUAUAUCUUACACAAUAAACAGGUAAAAGUAUUGUCUCAUGGCAGUUCACUUGGCUGCCAGCAGGUGGCACUGUGAACUGCAGGGUGAUGGCAGACUGAGCUCCCAGAGCUAUGGGGCCGUUGCAGCCAUGUUGCAGGGUGAGGAAGGGGGCGUUGUAACCCUUUUCUCUAAUCGCAGUUAUGCAGAGGCUGAAUAUGAUUCCACAACAGCAACAGCAAUGAAUUGGCAUAUCCUCAAAAAAACACUGCACAAACAGCCCUGAGACUUGACCUCUCAUUAAGAAAAGAAGUUUGGGGCUUCAACCUUAGCUUAAAUUAAGCCCUGAUCUUCAGUGCCUGCCAGUUAAACUUUGGGUAGCAAAGCCCUCUGCUGGGAGCUGGAAUGAUCUGGCCGAGGUCAUGUGGAUUUCAUUGGAUGGUUACUGGAACAGUUAAAUAAAAUCUGUGAAUUCUUUUUGCCCAAAGUAGCUAAUAUGGUUUGGUUUCUUCACCCCAUAACUUCCAAGGCACAAAAUGUUCUGUUCUGUUUUGUAUUGCUUUGUUUGAGUGUUGUUGAUUUUUCUGAUCAAACCUGGCCAUGACCCACCCCAAACAGUGUUUGUUAUGACCCCUGUAUGCAUCCCUGAUCCGGACAGACAGUUGGAGGCUGCAGUGGCAUCCAGUGUGGAGAUGACUGUGGCUCAGGGUUCAGGGCAGUCUAACGAUGGAAGAUGGGGAGACAGCUGCUGCAGAUGGACAAGAACACCCAGAGGAACACCCCAGGUCACUAGGGCCUAUAGGGCCAGAGUCUGGACCCUCACAGGCCCCUUCCACCAGGGGCAUAGCAUGGUGGGGCCAGGGAGGCCGUGGCCCCAGGCACACAAUUUUGAGGGGGUGCAAACUAGGUGCCCCCCCAAGGACCCCCAUCCUGCCCUGCCUGCUGCCAGGGGUCUCUGGGCCUAGCCUCAAUGCUGUGUCCCUGGCCCCCUCACUAAAUGGCUGCCCAGCCAGGGCUCACUCGCUCCUUGCUUAAUGAGCAGGCUCGGACAGAGGGAUGUAGGCAAGGGGCAACCCCAGCAUGGCCCAGCCCAGCGCUUCUCUCUGCGGGCAUCAGGGAGAAUCAGCCACCAAGGGUUGUGUCAGCCAGCUGGGCUCCCCCUGCACAGAGGGGAAGCAGCACAGCACACCCCGCUUGGCUCCAGUGGUGAGGGCCGGGUUGGCGUGGCAGGCUCUAUUCAUCCUCAGCGCCCUGCCUCUGCCUGGCAUGCACGUGCAGCCACCCCAGGCAUCGCCAAACAACACGAUGCCGCUGCGUGCCAGAAGCAAACCAGAGGUGAGGUUAAGGAAUGAAGGAAGAGUGCCAGUGGCCAGGGGGUUGUCCCUUUAAGGCUCUGAAGCAGCUCUGGAGCCUGAAAGAAGCACCCGAAUAGAAGGCCUCAGUCUGCCCCCAGCCUUUGUGGGAGCAAGUUACUCGCUUGGUGCCUAGAUGAAUGAUAGAGGGGUGUGUGAAUGUGUGUUGAAAGUAGGCUUUACGUUAAUGUUAAUGGUACUGGCCCUAACCAACACUGGAAUGUGGCCCCUGGAAAGCUCUCCCGAAUGCAGUGUGGCCCUUGGGCUGGAAAAGAUCCCACUGCCCUGAUGCAGUGGCCAACAUCUGUUUUUGGAGUGGGCAUCAACUCCUCUAGCCAGCUGUUCUCUUCUAUACCCCACACAGCCCCUUCCCCUCCUAACAUAUUUGUUGUGUGGAAGAUUGAGCAACUGGUGCCAUUUAAGAAGGCCAUCUCUCAAGACAGAGGGGGAAAAAAGAUAUAAACUGCUGGUUUUCAUUUAUCAUUCCAGAGGGAACAUCAAAGGCAAGAUUGCCACCCCCUACGAAGCAGGAGAACCCUGUGGGCGCUGCCCAAAUGAUUGUGACAAGGGAUUGUGCAGUAAGUUUGAGAAUGUUAAACUAUUAUGAGGCAAAAGGAUACUGGCAAACUCUGAGUGCCCUUAAAGAAGUUUGUGAAAUUAUCCAACUAAUCCUUGUACAUGAAAACCAUAACCCUUCUCUUAAAAACAAAUAUUCAACACCAGCUGGUCCCCAGAGUUUGCUAGGAUCUUGAACAUUUAGUCUGAUCCAGCAGGAAGCGCUCCGAGAGAGUCAUUUUUGUUUUGUUUAAAUUUUCUCGUUUGUAACUCUCUCUCUCUCUCUCUCUCUCUCUCUCUCUCUCUCUCUCUCAUUUUUAGCCAAUCCAUGCACGGAAAGAAAUCUUUAUAGCAACUGCGCAAGCUUAAAGGAUCAAGUGGGAUGUGAUCAUCCUAUAAUGGGAAAGUGUAAGGCUUCUUGCAAAUGUCCCACACAAAUAAUAUAAGGCUCCUGAAUUUCUUACUUAUACCAACCAUCUCUUUGUAUUAAUAUAACAAUACGCUUUGCUAAAUUAGACUAUUGUUCAUUUUUGAUUAUCACUGAUCCAUAGACUACUACAGGACAAAACCAUUUUAUAUGUAAAUGGUUUCUAAUAAUUUUUUUACAUGUAAUUGUAAUUGUAAUUGUUUAUAGUUAUUACAAAAAUGAAUUUAACAUUAGAAUUUUCCUCUCUGUCUGAUCUGCAGUCAAACUAAUAAAGCUUUUGAGUCUGAGAAAACAAAAGAAAAUGUUUUGAUUUCCUUGUGACUACGGAAUGUAGCAAAUUGCAGUUUGACCAUUUGUGCUCCGGGUGUGGACAGCAACAAUCCCACAAAGAAAGAGAAAUGGCCAGAACUUUACUGGUUACAACUAAGCCACUUUGACCUAGCAGAGGGUGCAAGGAUCCAAAUAUUGGGCAGCCCGGCUCUGGGCAGAAGCACGCAGCCAAUCUGCAGGCUGGGAAAUGUUAGUGGAAGGUCAGAGAACUUUGAGUUCAUGAGCCACUAUUGCCAUCCUGCAGGUCACAGGCAUUCCAGGGUCAAAGCUGGUUUGGGUCCAGAAGCAACACCCAAACACCUCCUCAAGAGAGUCCCCAUUGAGAAGCAGGGAGCCCAAUGCCUGCAGCACCUGCCAGAAACUAAGGACAACAUCAUCAAUAAAUGUAACAUCCAUGCCAAGAAUAACAGGGCUCUGGGGAAGGCAAAAUCCCCUCCCCCAAUGCCCAGCUCCAUCAACCGGGGGCCAAUCUUUCUCCAAAGCAAAGGCUGA